AUGGCGGACGAGGGCCCGCGGAAGGGCAGCGUCUCGGCGCUCAUGGGCCGCACCAACGGCCUCACCAAGCCCGCGGCGUUGGCUGGGGGUCCUGCCAAGCCCGGGGCCGCGGGAGGCUCCAGGAAGCUGGUCAUCAAGAACUUCCGAGACAGGCCGCGGCUGCCUGACAACUACACUCAGGACACGUGGCGGAAGCUUCACGAAGCAGUCAAGGCCAUCCAGGGCAGCACGUCCAUCAGGUACAACCUGGAGGAGCUGUACCAGGCUGUUGAAAACCUUUGUUCUCACAAAGUCUCCCCAACACUCUACAAGCAGCUGCGCCAGGUCUGUGAGGACCACGUCCAAGCCCAGAUCCUUCCCUUCAGAGAAGACUCACUAGACAGCGUUUUAUUUCUAAAGAAGAUUAACACAUGCUGGCAAGAUCACUGCAGACAAAUGAUCAUGAUCAGAAGCAUCUUCUUGUUUUUGGAUCGCACCUACGUCCUCCAGAACUCCAUGUUACCUUCUAUCUGGGACAUGGGCCUAGAGCUAUUUAGGAACCAUAUCAUCAGCGACAGGAUGGUUCAAAGUAAGACUAUUGACGGGAUCCUGCUGCUGAUUGAGCGUGAGAGGAGCGGCGAGGCAGUAGACCGGAGCCUGCUGCGCAGUCUGCUGAGCAUGCUCUCAGAUCUCCAGGUGUAUAAAGACUCAUUCGAACUGAAGUUCUUGGAAGAGACGAACUGUCUGUACGCAGCGGAAGGCCAGAGGCUGAUGCAGGACAGGGAGGUUCCAGAAUACCUUAACCAUGUGAGUAAGCGCCUGGAAGAAGAAGCAGACCGAGUGAUCACUUACCUUGACCACAGCACACAGAAACCACUGAUUGCCUGUGUGGAGAAACAGCUGUUGGGAGAACAUUUGACAGCAAUUCUUCAGAAAGGACUUGACCACCUUCUGGAUGAGAACAGGGUACCUGACCUCACACAGAUGUACCAGCUGUUCAGCCGGGUAAAAGGCGGGCAGCACGCACUGCUGCAGCACUGGAGCGAGUACAUCAAGACUUUUGGGACAACAAUUGUCAUCAAUCCUGAAAAAGAUAAAGACAUGGUGCAGGACCUGCUUGACUUCAAAGAUAAAGUGGACCAUGUGGUGGAAGUGUGCUUCCAGAGGAAUGAGCGGUUCAUCAACCUGAUGAAGGAAUCCUUCGAGACGUUCAUCAACAAGAGACCGAACAAGCCUGCAGAGCUCAUUGCUAAGCAUGUGGAUUCAAAGUUACGAGCCGGCAACAAGGAAGCAACAGAUGAAGAGUUGGAGAGAAUCCUGGAUAAAAUCAUGAUACUGUUCCGGUUUAUCCAUGGUAAAGACGUUUUUGAAGCAUUUUAUAAGAAAGAUUUAGCAAAAAGGCUGCUCGUGGGGAAGAGUGCAUCGGUGGAUGCCGAGAAGUCCAUGCUGUCAAAGCUCAAGCACGAGUGCGGGGCUGCCUUCACCAGCAAGCUGGAGGGCAUGUUCAAGGACAUGGAGCUUUCCAAGGACAUCAUGGUUCACUUCAAGCAGCAUAUGCAGAACCAAAGUACUCCAGGCCCUAUAGACCUGACAGUGAACAUACUCACCAUGGGCUACUGGCCCACAUACACGCCCAUGGAAGUGCACCUCCCUCCAGAGAUGGUUAGACUCCAGGAGGUAUUCAAGACCUUCUACCUGGGCAAACAUAGUGGCCGGAAGCUCCAGUGGCAGACGACUCUGGGACAUGCUGUACUAAAGGCGGAGUUUAAGGAGGGGAAGAAGGAGUUCCAGGUGUCCCUUUUCCAGACAUUGGUGCUGCUCAUGUUCAACGAGGGGGAUGGAUUCAGCUUUGAAGAAAUAAAAAUGGCUACCGGCAUAGAGGACAGUGAGCUACGAAGAACACUGCAGUCCUUGGCCUGUGGUAAAGCACGUGUUCUCAUUAAAAGUCCCAAAGGAAAGGAGGUUGAAGAUGGAGACAAAUUCAUUUUUAAUGGAGAAUUCAAGCACAAGUUGUUCAGAAUAAAGAUCAAUCAAAUUCAGAUGAAGGAAACUGUUGAGGAACAAGUUAGCACCACAGAGAGAGUAUUCCAGGAUAGACAAUACCAAAUUGAUGCUGCUAUCGUCAGAAUAAUGAAGAUGAGGAAGACUCUGGGUCAUAAUCUUCUAGUUUCUGAAUUGUACAAUCAGUUGAAAUUUCCAGUAAAGCCUGGAGAUUUGAAAAAGAGAAUCGAAUCACUUAUAGACAGAGACUAUAUGGAACGAGACAAAGACAGCCCGAAUCAGUACCACUAUGUGGCAUGACGUGCCAGCAGACUGUCAUCGUCAGUGAAGCAAACACUAGAAUGCACCUGCAGAGCGUGAAGCCCACUGUGUUGUGUCCAGGUCUCCAUCAUUGUGGAUUCUUGGGUUUGAAGGAGAGGAGAUGGUUCUUGGAUCAUCCUUCCCAAAGCACAGGGACUUUGAGAUGACAUGCAUGUCCUUUUUUUCCCCCUCUACUUCUUGAUCUCUUUUAGCCAUUUAAAUUGUUUCUGUUGCUCUGUGCAAAAUGACCUUGAGGCUAGGCACACCAUCGUCAGUUGAGAAGUUCCUUCACAAGGUCUUAUUUUGUGGCAAAAUGCCACAGGUUUGGUUUGUUCUUUGUGUGUGAUUGUGGGGCACGAUGGAAAGACCCUAGAUGCUGCAUUCUCCCCCAGACAAGCUCUCGGAACAGGAGGCUUCAGCUGGUGGGCACUGGAAAGGAGUGCCCAGACCACCACCCAGUUCUGCACCCCAAGCAUUAGCCUCUGCUUCAUGUAUCUUCAGAGAGUUCCAAACCUUGUUUCUGUGUGUCAUUUUCUCACGGAAGUCCCUGAUGUGCCAAGAGGUCAUCUUGUCUGCCACAUGAGAUGUAGAGCCUGUGAACACCACCAGUCCAGCCAGGUUACUUGUCAUUUCUGUUUAGGACCUUGGGGGUUUCAUAGUCGUGUUUCCAUGCUAAGAUCGAGCGUGGUGGUCCUUGUCUUGGCAUUGGGUAGCUGCUUUUUGAUAGUUUAAGUUGCAGUUUGUGUGAUUACCAUAAUAAACUAGGUGUGGUUUUACAGUCCUGCACAGGGACUCUUUGUUCUCUGCCCUGGCACUAUAUGGAGCUUAGUUAUAUUGUCAAAAUACUAAAGGAUUUGUUGGUGCCUGAUGACACACUGAGUAUCCACAUGUGAGGUUGAGCGGCAAGAGCAGGGUUCCGUAGUGAUGUUAGUAUGGUGACGACAGAUACUUUUGCAACAACACUUAAAAGUACUUUAUAUUUUACAAAGUGGCAUGUUUCAUUUUGAUUCAAAGCUACCAAAGGAAUUUUGAUCAUGUAUAAGUGUUUAAAGCAAUAUUUUCUGGAAUAUACCAAGUUUAUAUAACUCGAUUUUAUGCUAAAUUAUUAAAGAAUUCUCCCUUUUUGAAACAUGCGUGUUUAAAAUAUGACAUUUUUGGGUUUCCAUAUUAAAAUCUUUAAGUAUCAUUUCUAUA